GUCAAAUUCAAACUAAUCAAAAUUAGUCAUCGUGUGAAUUCAUCUCAACGAAUCAACUUUAAUUUUAAACGAACUGAUUAGGAAGGUAUGAAAUAUCAAAGUCGUUCCAAAGUAUCUGGUAUUUGAAAUCUAGGGAGUUUUUGUCGUUCGCGCACCGAAAGUUGGUAUGUAAUGACUAUCUGAAAACUGUCUGCGCGGACGGACUUGCGCAUGGCAUUUCUUUGUCCGUUUGGUGGGCACACGUAUACCAAUCGAGCCGGUUAUCUAUAAUAAAAAGUGAUUUAUGAUUUUUCGCAAGUGAUAGCCAACAGACAAAUAAGCCUGAUUAAACUGUGUUCUGUUGUGUCCGAUGUCUAGUGCUGAAACGGCAGACAGCUCCGUCGAUCCCCCUGCCAAGAAGCGGAAGCUUGACUCAAAGAUAACCACCUCCGAAAUGGCGAACACCGAAGUUGCAGGUUCAUCUCAAUCGAACGACAUCGAUGAGGGGCUCUACUCCCGUCAACUGUACGUUUUGGGGCACGAUGCUAUGCGCCGCAUGGCCAAAAGUGACGUCCUCAUAUCAGGACUGGGGGGCCUUGGCGUGGAAGUGGCCAAAAAUGUCAUUCUCGGCGGUGUGAAGUCAGUGACUCUCCAUGACGAAUCAGUUUGCAAAGUUUUCGAUUUUUCUUCGCAAUUUUACCUGAGCAAAAGCGAUCUAGGCAAAAACCGAGCAGAAGCUUGUUGCAAGAAGCUUUCCGAACUAAACAACUAUGUCCCUACGAAGUCUUAUACUGGGCCCCUAACCGAAGAUGUCAUCAAGAAAUUUAGUGUAGUUGUGCUUACAGCAAACUCCCGUGCGGAACAACUCCGUAUUAGUGAAAUAACUCACGCAAAUAACGUUGCUUUGAUCAUUGCAGACACUAGAGGAUUGUUUGCGCAGGUAUUUUGUGACUUUGGGGAAAGUUUCACUGUUGUAGACACUAAUGGUGAGCAAAAUGUAUCUGCUAUGAUUGCAGACAUCUCCAGUGACAAAGAAGGUAUUGUUACAUGCAUAGACGAUACCAGACAUGGCAUGGAAGAUGGCGAUUAUGUUACUUUUUCUGAAGUCGAAGGCAUGACUGAACUGAAUGGCUGUUCACCUAUCAAAAUAAAAGUGUUAGGUCCUUACACUUUCAGUAUUGGUGAUACAACCAAAUUUUCCAAAUACGAACGUGGAGGUAUUGCAACCCAAGUAAAGAUGCCUAAAGAACUUAAAUUCAAAUCAUUCAAGGAAUCAUUGCAAUCACCAGAGUUCCUUAUCACAGAUUUUGCUAAGUUUGACCACCCACAACAGUUGCACCUAGCUUUUACUGCAUUUCAUAAGUAUAUUGAAAAAUACCAGAGAGCCCCAAGACCUUGGAACUGCCAAGAUGCUGAUGAAUUUGUAGCUCUAACAAAAUCUGUAGCUGUAGAUGGUGGAAAUGACACUGAAGUUAAUACAAAUCUGUUGGAGACUUUCUCGAAAGUGGCAGCAGGAGAUAUAAACCCGAUCAAUGCUACUAUAGGAGGGAUUGUUGCUCAAGAAGUAAUGAAAGCUUGCUCUGGAAAGUUCCACCCGAUUUACCAGUGGUUGUACUUUGAUGCCAUUGAAUGUUUACCUUCAGACAGAAGUGAAAUUACUGAAGAUCUAGCUGUGCCUGCAAAUAAUCGGUAUGAUGGACAAACUGCAGUGUUUGGUGCAGAAUUCCAAAAGAAACUAGGUCAACUGAAAUACUUUGUUGUUGGAGCUGGUGCAAUAGGUUGCGAGUUGCUCAAAAACUUUGCAAUGAUGGGUGUUGGUGCAGGUGAAGAGGGCAAAGUUUAUGUCACUGACAUGGAUCUGAUUGAAACAUCAAACUUGAAUCGUCAAUUUCUAUUCAGAAGGCAAGAUGUUCAGAAGCCAAAGUCAACCACUGCAGCUAGAGCUGUGUUAAAGAUGAAUCCAGAAGUAAACAUUGAAUCUCAUGAGAAUCGUGUUGGUCCUGAUACAGAAAACCUCUAUAAUGAUGACUUCUUUGAACGAUUGGAUGGUGUGGCGAAUGCUCUAGAUAACGUGGAUGCUAGAAUAUACAUGGACAGGAGGUGUGUCUACUACAGGAAACCCCUGUUGGAGUCUGGUACUUUGGGCACUAAAGGCAAUACACAGGUUGUCAUUCCUUUCUUGUCUGAGUCAUACAGUUCAUCCCAGGAUCCACCAGAAAAGAGUAUUCCAAUCUGUACAUUGAAGAAUUUCCCAAAUGCUAUUGAGCAUACUUUGCAGUGGGCAAGAGACAUGUUUGAGGGUAUUUUCAAGCAAAACGCUGAAAACGCGUCUCUCUAUUUGUCGGAUCCAAUCUUUAUGGACCGCACUCUGAAAUUGCCUGGAGUUCAACCAUUGGAGGUCCUUGAAUCUGUCAAAGCUGCUUUGGUAGAUGAGAGACCAAAAUCUUUUGAAGAUUGCAUUGCUUGGGCCAGGAAUCAUUGGCAGGAGCAGUAUUCUAACCAGAUCAGGCAGCUGCUGUUCAACUUCCCACCGGAUCAGAAGACAAGUACCGGCCAGCUGUUUUGGUCGGGUCCCAAGAGGUGUCCAGAAUCGUUAACGUUUGAUGUAAACAAUCCUUUGCAUUUGGAUUAUGUACAGGCAGCUGCCAACCUAAAAGCUGAGGUCUAUGGCAUUCCCGCCAUCAGCGACAGGAAAUAUAUUGCCGAUGUCAUCGCUAAAGUCAAUGUAAGUUAUUAUGUGCCGGAAUUCAUACCGAAAUCCGGCAUAAAAAUCGCCGUAACUGACUCCCAAAUGGCUAUGAACGGCCAGAACGUCGACCUAGACCGAAUCGACCAAAUCAAGAACGAACUGCCGUCAGUCGAAGAGCUUAAAGGUUUGAAACUGACUCCAUUGGAAUUCGAAAAGGACGACGAUCAUCACAUGGACUUCAUCGUGGCCGCUUCCAAUCUCAGGGCUGCCAACUACAAGAUUCCGCCUGCGGACAGGCACAAGUCCAAGCUGAUUGCUGGUAAAAUUAUCCCAGCUAUCGCCACCACAACAUCCGUCGUCGCAGGUUUGGUAUGCCUGGAACUCUACAAACUGGUCAGAAGCAUGAAGAGCCUGGAACCCUUUAAGAACGGCUUUGUAAACCUAGCCUUACCGUUCUUUGGCUUCUCAGAACCAAUCGCCGCUCCGAAAAUGAGAUACAACGAAGUCGAUUGGACACUUUGGGAUCGUUUCGAAGUACAAGGAGAACUGACCCUCGAGGAGUUCCUUCAGUACUUCAAAGACAAGUACAGUCUGGAGAUCACCAUGCUUUCCCAAGGAGUCUGCAUGUUGUACUCUUUCUUCAUGGCCAAGGCAAAGAUGCAACAACGUUUGAGCCUUCCGAUGACCGAAGUGGUGAAGCGGGUGUCCAAGAAACGUCUGGAGCCACACGUGAAGGCCCUGGUCUUCGAAUUGUGCUGCAAUAACGCCGACGGUGAAGACGUGGAGGUACCAUACGUGAAAUACAACUUGCCUUGAGUGUAGUCGUCGCUUUAGAGGGACUGUAACGGGUGUGAACUUUGUUUCGUCAGAUUGGAAUUUCUUUUUAAUAAAAAAUGUGAUUAAAUUAUCUAUUUAUGUACUUUAAUGUACUUUAUUCUAAAAGAACGUUCACGUAUGGCGUGAAGGAAAAACAGUUUAUGGACACUCGUUUGAUUUCGGAAGAUCAUGUAGCAUUUAAAUAAGCUAACGUAUGCAUUAACAAGGAGUUAGAAUGCUGUUAUUUUUAAUAAGUAGAAUGUAAUUUCUCAGUUGAAUAUUUUCAUGUGUGAAAAAAUAAAAAUCUGUUUUAACAGAA